AUGGCGGCCUGGACGUGCUGCCGGGUGGCGGCCGUGUCCUGCCUGGUGCUCUGCGUCUCCCUCCUCCUGCCGCGCACCUUCCUGCCCCGGGCCGGCGGCAGGCAGGAGCCCGGCGCCGCACCGCCCGAGGGGAAGCUCAGUCGUUUUCCUCCGAGGAUGCAUUCCCACGCCACUCCCGACGGCCGAGCUGUCCCUCAUUUUCCGAGGUCUCACCUUACUGAAGCAGUGGCCAAAGCCAAGGCAGGUGGAGGUGGUAGUGGAAGCACUGGUGGAAGUGGAAGAGGUCUCGUGGGACAGAUUAUCCCUAUAUAUGGAUUUGGCAUCUUCUUAUAUAUUCUGUACAUUUUAUUUAAGCUGGCUUCCAAGGGAAGAACUACUCCUGGAGAGCGGAAAUGCCCCACUGCUACCCCUGGGAACAUGAAGAGGAAAAUCACUGACUAUGAGCUCACUCAGCUCCAGGAAAGACUGAGAGAGACAGAAGAAGCGAUGGAAAAAUUAAUCAACAGAGUAGGACCUAUGUAUGACAGCAGGACUCAAAAUGUUACAACAGACCAGGAAAAAAUGUUACUUCAACAACUCCGAGAAAUUACUAGAGUUAUGAAAGAAGGAAAAUUCAUAGAUGACAUCUCUCCUGAGAAGGAAGCUGAGGAAGCUCCUUACAUGGCAGAUUGGGAAGGUUAUCCAGAAGAGACCUAUCCUGUCUAUGAUAAUUGCUUCAAGCGCAAGCAGGACACAAUCCUUGUAGAUUACCCUGACCUGAGCCAGCCCUCUCCAGAAGAGCUGGCAGAAAGAAUGGAGGGCAUGGAAGAUGAGGAGUAUCCUUAUGAUGAAACCCUGCUAAGUGAUCUCACCAUGGGAAUGGGUGGUCAGGAUUUAAUGCAGAAAAAGGAUGAUGUAACUCUCAUCAGGGAGGAGGAGAGUGACCUUCCUCCCAGCCAGAGCACUGAGGAGUGCUGCUGUUGCUGUGAUGAUGAUGAUCCUGCCGUCAUAGCAGAGAAUGCUGGAUUCCACUCUGAGACCUGCAGUGAAGUAGAAGAGACAAGCCAAGAGGAGCUCUCUGUGGAGUCGGAAAAUGAAAAUGCAGCACUGGAAAAGCAAAAAGUGUGUGAUUCAGAGGAGACAGGCACGCUGAGAAAGCGCAACACCAAAGUGCUUGAUUGAUAGGGACAACAG